AUGACAACUCGUUCUUGAAAAAUGUUUGUAUUACGAAUCAUUUGGAGAAAAGGUUGAUGAGUUGCAUUUACUUGUUUCUACUUUCAUUCACCAAAAAGCUCCUUUUUGUGUAUUAUUUCAUGGAUUCUAAAAUGCUACACAACUAAACAACGGGUAACUCUUGAAGGGAACUAUGAUAAGAGCGUGUGCCUUUCUGAGGCGAAACGUUUCUCUUUCCCCAUUGCAAACGAUAACCUUGGAUAAAACUCGGCAUCAUGUUUCGCAGUGGCUCCGGCGUCAUGCCAGCUCGAAAAACUUCAAACGAAACAGAAGCCGAGUACUGGUAUCGUUCAAGUCGAUGACAAAAAUUCCAGACUUGGAUUCGUCUGCAAAAUUAUCCCCACAGCAAGUGACAUCCAUUUUAGAGCUUGAACAGAGAAGAUUUGACAUUCAGGAUGGUGCAGUUAAAAGUGUAGACAUUAACAGGUUAGCUGCAAACGAUCCGAUCGAGGACAGGGAUGGAUACGCUAAACUGGCUCCAUCAAAGUUUUUGUUUGGUGUUUAUGAUGGACAUGGUGGCUGUUGGUGCUCGAGUGCGGUCAGCGAACGUCUUUUCCACUACAUCGCCAUCUCCUUAGCCUCAUAUGACAUUCUUGAGGAUGUGAUGUCUGGAAAUUGGGGAAUAAACAAUCUAGUAAACUGGUUCCAAAAAGAGACUUACUCUGAAAUUUCCCAUCGUUUGUAUCAACGUGCAAUUCUGAGAUAUGCUCAAGAGUCUUUAGCAGCACAUGAGCCUAGUAGUGUUGAGCAGCAUCUUAAGGAUGCGUUUCUGAGGCUGGACCAUGACAUCAUACAGGAGGCCAUUCCCUCUGGACAAAAUAAAGAGUUCAAUACGGACUCCCUUCUCUCGGCCAUGGCGGGCUCUUGUGCAACUCUAUCUUACAUAGAUGAUACGGCUCUUUACGUGGCAAAUCUAGGCGACUGUCGCGCAGUACUUGGAGUUAAUAUACAGGACUCGGAGUAUAUUGCUGUGCCACUUUCAAAUACACAUGAUGCUCAGAAUGCAUCUGAAAUUCGUCGAAUUUUAGAUAAACACAAAAACGAAUCGAGUAACAUCAUAAAGAAUAAUCGUCUUUUUGGAGAACUAGCCCCAUUACGAGCAUUUGGUGAUAUUAGAUACAAAGUGUCAUUGACUGAAUCAAAGGAUUUGGAAAGGUAUUUCAAUUCUCCCACUGCUGAAAUUCGUGGAUACUAUGACAAUAAAGUUGUACCCCCAAAUUAUAAAACUCCACCAUAUUUGAUAUCUGAGCCAGAGGUGAUCCGUCAUAAUCUCACUCCAAAAGACAAAUUCCUGGUCAUUGCUUCAGAUGGACUCUUUGAUAUGUUGUCUCCAGACAAAGUGGUGAAACUUGUGGCUGGUCAUAUCAAUGGAAAACAAAUCCUGAUUGAUCCCCAAAUAGACACCAGUAUGAAUCUGAGGGAAAUGAAUCAAUAUCUUGUGGAAAGGAAGACCAAGUUGGCCAACAGGAGUAUAGAUGACAAUGCAGCAACUCAUCUGAUUCGUAAUGCAUUAGGCCCGGAGCACAGACAGAUCUCAUACUACCUCUCUUUACCAGAUCAAGUGUGCCGAACUCAGAGGGACGAUAUGACAGUAGCAGUUAUUUUCUUUGACGGUGAUUACAUUAGAAACAAAAGCUCUGUAAGAGCAUGAUGGGAAACUACAGAUUUCGCUUUUUUUUUCAACCUGAACUCCGAGUGAUCACUAACUCCAGAUACUGCAGUUUUGGAAUCAUCCAUGUGUAGUAACCAUGUACUGUUGUUCUGUCAUUAAAUUGAAUUUGUUGUUUAAGUGCUCCACAUCUUUUGGCUUGUUGAAGACUAUGAUAUUUCUUCCGAUAUCUUAGGUAUGCUACAGAUUUGGUAACCGUAAAAUGUUGUUUCAAACAACUGUUAACUUUGUAUGUUUUCAUUAAAUUUGUAUUUUGAACUCAGAAUUAUUAAAAAUGUUCCACAUAUAAA